AAAAUGGUUUAAAUUGAAUUCUCGUGACCGUCUGCAAAAUCCUUCCCCCCCUCUCCUCCUCUUGUUUACACGACUUGCUUUCUCUCUCUUAGCUCGUGAGUUCUCCGCCGGCGACCGCCGCAGAUCUCAACUUAUUCCGGCGAGGUUUUGUUAAGGAAUCCCUCAAAAAGGGGUUUUGUGGGACAUUUUUGGACAGACUGGGGAUUCUGUUGUUCAAAUGACAUCUGAUUUGUCAGGAAUGUCCCAAAGUCGAAGAAUCAGCGCAUCUUCUUUUGGCUCUAGCAAUGGUCAUGAAACACCUUCACUCAACCCAUCGGCUUUCUCAAAUGGUGGUGAUGAUUAUGAUAGUGAUGGUUCCAAUUUUGCUCCACUCACUCCUACGACAUUGUCGAUGGCUAUUCCGACAGAGCUUGCCAGUGCUAUACCACUGAUUGAUAAGUUCCAGGUAGAGGGCUUUUUAAAGGCAAUGCAAAAACAAAUUCAUUCUUCUGGAAAACGAAUGUUUUUCUCUAAGAAAUCUGUUGGUCCUCAAAUGCGGGAAAAGUUCACAUUUGAAGACAUGUUAUGUUUCCAGAAGGAACCCAUACCAACUUCUAUUUUGAAAAUUAACAGUGAUUUAGUUAGUCGUGCAACAAAAUUGUUCCUGGUUAUUCUGAAGUAUAUGGGAAUUGACUCGUCUGAUCGAGUAGCUCCACCGAGCUUAGAGGAACGCAUUGAUCUUGUUGCAAAGCUAUAUAAGCAUGCUUUGAGGCGCUCUGAGCUUCGAGAUGAACUUUUUGCUCAAAUCUCUAAGCAAACAAGGAAUAACCCAGAGAGGCAAACUCUGGUUAGGGCAUGGGAGCUCAUGUAUUUGUGUGCAUCCUGCAUGCCACCUAGUAAGGAUAUUGGUGGAUAUUUAUCAGAAUAUAUUCAUAAUGUAGCACAUGGUGUAAACACUGAUUACGAAGUGCAAGUCCUUGCAACAAAUACUCUGAAUGCUCUGAAACAUUCUGUAAAGGCUGGACAUCGGCAGACAAUACCUGGUCGUGAAGAAAUUGAAGCUCUUUUGACUGGCAGAAAACUCACAACUAUUGUUUUUUUCUUGGAUGAAACUUUUGAAGAAAUAACAUAUGGGAUGGCAACAACUGUAGCUGAUGCUGUUGAGGAGCUUGCAGGAAUCAUUAAAAUGACAGCUUAUUCUAGCUUCAGUCUAUUUGAGUGCCGCAAAGCUGUUAGCGGUUCUAAAUCUCCUGAAUCUGGAAAUGAGGAAUACACUGGAUUGGAUGACAACAAGUACAUCAGUGAUCUGUUGGCAGAGUUCAAGGCAGCAAAGGAUCGAAACAAAGGAGAAAUUCUACAUUACAAGCUGACUUUUAAAAAGAAACUGUUUAGGGAAUCAGAUGAAGCUGUAGUUGACCCAAUGUUUGCUCAAUUGUGCUAUGUUCAACUGCAACAUGAUUAUGUAUUGGGUAACUAUCCCGUGGGUAAAGAAGAUGCCGCUCAACUGUCCGCCUUGCAGAUUUUGGUUGAAAUUGGAUAUGUUCUUAACCCUGAAUCAUGCACUGAAUGGGCAUUUCUACUGGAACGUUAUCUGCCUCGGCAAAUUGCAUUAACUAGAGCCAAACGUGAAUGGGAAUUAGAUAUUCUUUCUCGUUAUCGUUCUAUGGAAACUCUAACCAAGGAUGAAGGAAGACAACAAUUCCUGCGAAUACUUAGGAUGCUUCCUUAUGGAAAUUCUGUUUUCUUUAGUGUACGCAAAAUUGACGAUCCCAUUGGGCUUCUACCUGGGAGAAUUAUCUUGGGUAUUAACAAACGAGGGGUCCACUUUUUCCGUCCAGUACCCAAAGAAUAUCUGCAUUCUGCUGAAUUAAGAGACAUUAUGCAAUUUGGUAGCAGCAAUACUGCUGUAUUUUUUAAAAUGAGAGUUGCUGGUGUCUUGCAUAUAUUCCAGUUCGAAACUAAACAGGGCGAGGAAAUUUGUGUUGCUCUUCAAACACAUAUAAAUGAUGUCAUGUUACGGCGUUACUCUAAAACAAGGCCUGCUGCUACUGGAACGACAAAUGGAGAUCUUUCCAUUACUUAUAAAGCUUCAACUGCCAACAAUAAUGAGAAACGGGUGAACGAUUUAUCUAGAUCUCUCGAAGAGUCAGAAAAGAAGUUUGAUCAGUUAUUAGAAGAAUUAAGUGAAAGAGACAAACAAGAAGCAAAGGUACAAGAAGAACUAGAAGAGUUCAAAAAUCUUUUGAGAUCUGAGAAGCAAAACCUGGCUGAAGUCACUCAAGACCGAGAUAGACUCAGAAGUUUGUGUGAAGAAAACGAAUCUGCACUCCAUGCCUCAUUAUUGGAAAAAAGGAGCAUGCAACAGAAACUGACAAAACUUGAGGAUUCAGAAAUAAAGAGAAAUGGUAAAACAGAGUUAACAGAACCUUAUAAUCAGAAGAUUCAAGAUGAACUAAAAACACGAACUACAGCAUUGUAUGUUGCAGAAGAGACCACAAAGAGGUUGGUGAAUGAAAAACGAGCACUUGAAGAAAGAAUCCAAAAAAUUGAAAUGAAGAAUGCUGAUCAGAAAAAAAUCUUUGAGAGCAAAUUUGAUCAAGAACACAAGGCUUUGCAUCUUCGAGUGGCUGAACUUGAAAAGAAGUUGGAGCAAGUUACAAGGGAUUUAUCAAUUGCUCGGUCAAAUCUUCUUAACAAAGAUGCAGAAUUGCAAAAUAAUUCAAAGGAGCUUGAGGAACUCAGAGAACUAAAGGAGGACAUUGACAGGAAGAAUGAACAAACUGCCUCAAUAUUAAAGAUGCAAGGGGCACAGUUAGCUGAGUUAGAGUCACUCUAUAAGGAAGAACAAAUAAUAAGAAAACGAUACUAUAACACAAUUGAAGAUAUGAAAGGCAAAAUUAGGGUGUAUUGUCGAUUAAGACCUCCCAGCCAAAAAGAAAUUUCAGAGAACGGAGGAAAUGUGAUCAAAGCUCAAGAUGAGUUCACAGUUGAACAUCUAUGGAGAGACGAUAAGAUAAAGCAACACAUGUACGACCAUGUCUUUGAUGGUAAUGCUUCCCAAGAAGAUAUAUUUGAGGAUACAAAGUAUCUUGUACAGUCUGCUAUAGAUGGAUACAAUGUAUGCAUUUUUGCAUAUGGACAGACUGGUUCUGGAAAGACAUUUACCAUCUAUGGAUCUGAUGGUAAUCCGGGACUAACUCCAAGAGCCAUUUCUGAACUCUUUAAAGUAAUCAAACGUGAUAGCAAAAAAUUCUCCUACUCCUUAAAGGUGUACAUGUUGGAGUUGUACCAAGAUACGCUAGUUGAUCUUUUAUUGCAAAAAAAUGCAAAGCAAGUGAAAUUGGAAAUAAAAAAAGACUCAAAGGGCAUGGUAUCUGUUGAAAACGCUACAGUUCUACCGGUUUCAACAAUAGAAGAACUGAAAAGCAUUCUCGAGAGAGGUUCUGAACAACGUCAUACAACAGGGACAUUAAUGAAUGAUCAAAGUUCAAGAUCCCAUCUCAUCUUCUCCGUUGUCAUCGAGAGCACUAAUCUUCAAACUCAGUCGGUUUCUAGAGGAAAGUUAAGUUUUGUGGAUCUGGCUGGCUCCGAAAGAGUGAAGAAAUCCGGUUCUUCUGGAAAUCAACUUAAGGAAGCUCAAAGCAUCAACAAGUCUCUUUCAGCACUUGGUGAUGUUAUUGGAGCUUUAUCUUCUAACAGUCAACACAUACCAUAUAGGAAUCACAAAUUAACCAUGUUAAUGAGUGAUUCAUUGGGCGGAAAUGCAAAAACACUAAUGUUCGUCAAUAUUUCUCCGGCUGAAUCAAAUUUGGAAGAAUCAUACAAUUCUUUGACGUAUGCUUCGAGAGUCAGAUCUAUUACAAACGAUCCAAGCAAAAACGUCGCAUCAAAGGAAGUGAUUCGUUUGAAAAAGAUGAUUGCAUACUGGAAGGAACAAGCAGGUAAGAAAGGCUCCGAUGAAGAUUUGGAAGAGAUUCAAGAAGAACGACCAACUAAAGACAAAUCAGAUACCCGCAAUUCCAUGUAAUGUACAUAGAAAACAAACACUUCCACUCAUCCUUGUUUUUAGUUUCACCGAAUUGCUUUAUCCUUAUACACAAGUAUUUAAGGUUGACUAAUAUGGUUGUAAACAUCUAUUAUGUAUAUAUAUAUAUAUUUUUUGUUUCUUUUAAUGAAGAGAUUUGCUGUUUUGUUUC